AUGACGGUGUCCAACAGGCCUGUCGUAGCGUCGAAGGAAGUCUCCGCUGGUGGUGUCGAGAGCACAAGUAAUCCACGUUUACUGAGUUUUAGAAACACUGUUUCAGUUAAUGGUGUCUCCAUUGUUGGAUCUGUCACCAUGAUCGACCUGAAGCCGUACUAUAGACCUGCAGACCAAGUGAUAUGCGAGUUCAGAGAGAAUGUCAACAUUUCAGAUGACGUCGAGACACUCUCUGUCAGGAUUGAUGGAAAUACACUCAGGAUCGUUUCUGAAGAGUUAACCAGUGAUGGAUUCGGUUAUAAUGUGAUUUUAAAGAACCUCACGGCUAACGAGUGGAACUUCUAUGGAAAUGCAACGAUGACUGUCAGAGAUGACACUGGAGCAGGCAGUCUCGUGAGAUGCAAAGUAGAAGUAAAAUUUCAAAUGUCUUCUACCAACCACACCCCUACAUUCGAAUUUGUGUCAGAUUAUGCAUACACUCCACCAGUCAACGUAAGCGUAAACCCGCCGGCGUCUAACGCCAUCAAAAUAAUGCAGCCAAUCGGAGGCAGCGUUUCAAUGACGUUCGUCGAAGAUGGCUUGGCGCCAAAAGUUGAAGUGAUCACACCAUACGAAACAGAAUCCAACGAAACGAUGAUAACAAUGCAGACGAUCUACGUGACAGGGAACGUCUCAAGGGGUCUGCAGGAAGAUAUUAAAAUCCAGUUGAGUGACGUAGAGACAGUGUUAAAAUCCACCCUUGAGACGUAUCAGCGGGAUAUUGGAACAGUCCAGCUACCGAAUCUGACGAGGAAUGCUUCUUUCGCCGAUGCAGAGUUGGCGGUUGUUUUCGAGGCCCGACUGGAAGAUUAUGCGUCCCUGACGAAUGGUUCCGAGUUGAAGAUUGGGACCGGGGUGAAAUAUGGCGACUCUUUCAUAUGGGUGUCCGACAUGACCUUCGUAGUGAAUGUCCCGGAUGCAGAAAACAGGCGACCAUUUCUUGGGUUGACUCUGUCCCAGUCUAAAACGUGCACUCGGGAUGGAAGCAUUCUGUUAAAUCUGCUGGUUAACGCAAAGCACGAAUCAAAUUCCACAGCCACUGCCUAUGACGUCAUCAUCAAUAUGUAUCUCCUGACAGCUAUGACGUAUAAGGGGCUGCAGUAUCUGCCCAUGGGAUAUUCGUUCAACGUCAACCAGACGGGCAACAAAAUACAGAUAGAUAUCGGCCGUCUGACGUUCAGCGAUCCGACAGUGAUCUCCAUCGAGGAGGUGGUCGACAUGGAGGACCCGCGAAUCAAGUCCACGUCGCCGCCGUACACCGUCGUGGCCGAGGUCAUCUACAACGACCGGUGGCGAAACAAGACGGACUUCUCAACACCUCUAACGCACACCAGUCUCAACCUAGACAAGAAGUGCUCCAAGAAACUGAUAUGGACUACGGGCGCCAACUGUACCUGUCUCUUUGACUUAGCUCGGUCUGACUGCGCGUGUUGUGACGCAAGAGCACAGCAGUGUGGACCAGAUAAUUAUAACGAAUGCGCACCUCUAAACGAAAUGUGGCGAUGCAGUCCAUACAUCAGCGGUUUCCACGCGUACAGCACAAUGCCUGGUAUGUCGGGAGAUUCGUACGAAUGUGACGCUGAAUACAAAUACAAACUUCGAUCAUUUCUUGUGUCCUGCCAUAGGAAAGUGUCUGGCCUCUAUCAAGACGUCAGCCCAUUGGUUGGUUUGCUGCUGGGUAAAGACGACUCGUCACAGGAACUGUUCGGAAUCUCCAAUCACGGCCGUGCUUACGUCAUGAGCAAAGAUGCUGGGAAAACAUGGUGGAACAUACCGGAAGUCGUUUACAACACGGCGAAAUCAAAACCCACGUUCACAUCCGCGGUUUUGACCUGAUAUCGAUUUCCCAUUAGAUGUUGAUUUCCUAUGAGUUACUUGCAGAAAAUAUUGAUGCACAUCGCUGAAGCAGAUAUCGAUUUUAAACGACCUUCGUGACGUUACCAUUCAAAUAGUUCUGCAAUUUCAGUAGAUGACAUCUUUUGAAAAGUUGUAAUAUGCACAGAAGACUCCGAAGUUUUACACAUUGUAUAAUUUUACCAAUUAUAUUAUAUAUUUAACAUAAGACCGAUUUCAGAUAUGAAAGACCUUUAUUAAUUAGUAUAACAUACAUUAAUUGACAAACUUUCCAAGAAAAGUUAAAACAUAAUAUAUAAUAAAAGUAUAAACACGACGAACUACAAGUAUAAUUAUGUACAGCUACUAAAAUUUAUAAGUCGAUGUCUUUCGAGCUGUUUAAAGGGAUUGCCCCCGAAUUAGCUGACGUUUUGACACGUCUACGCCAAGCAGAUUUGUUUGAUGACUAAAUUUACAUAUUAAAUAUAUUUUCUUGUUUAGGAUAUCAGUAUCUGUAUAAACAAGGUGUUUGUUGCCGUCCUAAUGCUUGUUAUAGCACCGGCCUCGGUGGCGCAGUGGCUAAGCCAUCGGACUAUAGACUGAUAGGUACAGGGUUCGCAGCUCGGUACCGGCUCCAACCCAAAGCGAGUUCUUAAGGGCUCAGUGGGUAGGUGUAA